GCAGCGUGUGGAAGCCCCUGGGGUGACCAGCGGCAGGGUGCCUGCCAACUCGGGCCCAUCCCUAUGGAGACCUGAUGCAUUCAUGGCAUGAGUAAGGCAGCAGCCGUUCCCCCUCGCUGCCCGGGCGCGGGGGCUGAGGUCCCGGACCCCAGGCUCAGCAGGGGUGAGUUCGACAGACAGCCCUUCCCCAGCCUGCUGAGAGCCCUCCCUCCUCCCUCGCUGCUCAGCACGCAGCCAUCCUCAACUCCAGGCAACCUUUCUCUCCAGCCUUGCUCCCCCCCGUCCCCCUACCUCCCUCCGCCCCGGAAAGCGGCACCCCCUCCUUGUCUGUUAUCGCUUCAGCGGCUCCCCCUUCUCCCUCCCUAUCGCCGGAGAAAGCGAGAGGGGAAAGUGCCGGAGCGGAGAGCGCAUAGCAACAGGAUUCUGGGAUGAAGAAGAUUCGGCAGCAGCAUCUUCGGAAGCCGGUGACGCCAGAGCUCCUGGUGAGCCCCAGCAGCCAGGACGGGGACCUGGGCUCCGAGUGCCCAGAGGACAGAGGGAACUGGACGGGCCGGCUGGAUUUCCUCCUCUCCUGCAUUGGAUACUGUGUGGGCCUUGGAAACGUCUGGAGGUUCCCCUACAGGGCUUACACCAAUGGAGGAGGGGCCUUCUUGGUUCCUUACUUCAUCAUGCUGGCUAUCUGUGGCAUCCCCAUCUUCUUCAUGGAGCUGUCUCUUGGUCAGUUCUCCAGCCUCGGGCCACUGGCUGUCUGGAAGAUAAGCCCUCUCUUUAAAGGUGUUGGCAUGGGCACCAUCCUCAUCGUCUCCCUGGUGGCCAUUUACUACAAUAUGAUCAUUGCUUACGUUCUCUUCUACCUCUUUGCAUCCCUCACAAGUGACUUGCCCUGGCAGCACUGUGGCAACUGGUGGAACACUGAGCUGUGCCUGGACCACCACGUCCUCAAGGCAGGCAACACCACCUUCCCUGUCAAUGUCACCAACACUGUCAGCCCCAGUGAGGAGUACUGGAGCCGGUAUGUCCUACACAUCCAAGGGAGCUCUGGGAUUGGAGAUCCUGGGAGAAUCCGCUGGAACCUGUGUCUGUGCCUGCUCCUUUCUUGGACCAUUGUCUAUCUGUGCAUCCUAAAGGGAGUCAAAUCCUCUGGCAAGGUUGUAUACUUCACUGCCACCUUCCCAUACCUCAUCCUGAUGAUGCUGCUCAUUCGUGGGGUGACUCUGGACGGGGCCUGGAAGGGGAUCCGCUUUUACCUCACCCCUCAGUUUGAUCACUUGCUGUCUUCCAAGGUGUGGAUUGAGGCAGCCCUGCAGAUAUUUUACUCCCUUGGAGUAGGCUUUGGAGGCCUCCUCACCUUCGCCUCGUACAACACUUUCCAUCAGAAUAUCUACAGGGACACCUUCAUAGUGACCCUGGGCAAUGCCAUCACCAGUAUCCUGGCAGGGUUUGCCAUCUUCUCCGUUCUGGGGUACAUGUCCCAGGAGCUUGGGGUCCCUGUUAACCAGGUGGCAAAAGCAGGUCCUGGCCUGGCUUUUGUGGUGUACCCCCAGGCCAUGACAAUGCUUCCUCUUUCUCCAUUCUGGUCUUUCUUGUUCUUCUUCAUGCUGUUAACCUUGGGCCUGGACAGCCAGUUUGCCUUUAUGGAGACCAUCGUUACAGCAGUGACAGAUGAGUUUCCCUACUACCUGCGGCCAAAGAAAGCCUCCUUUUCGGCUGCCAUCUGCAUUGUGCUCUUCCUGAUGGGGCUCAUCCUCACAACUGAGGGUGGAAUGUACUGGCUGGUCCUACUGGAUGACUACAGUGCUGGGUUUGGUCUCAUGGUGGUGGUGAUCACGACCUGCCUCGUGGUGACACGUGUCUAUGGCAUGAAGAGGUUCUGCAGAGAUAUCCACAUGAUGCUGGGCUUCAAACCAGGGCCCUACUUCAGAGCCUGCUGGAUGCUCCUAUCCCCAGCAACAAUGAUGGCUUUGCUGGUGUACAACAUUGUCAAGUAUCAGCCCUCUGAGUACGGCAGCUACCGCUUCCCUGCCUGGGCUGAGGUCUUGGGCAUCCUCAUGGGAGUCCUCUCCUGCCUGAUGAUUCCUGUGGGCAUGCUGGUGGCUGUGCUCCAAGAAGAAGGGACCCUGUGGGAGCGAGUGCAGCAAGCCAGCAGGCCCACCCUGGACUGGGGUCCAUCGCAGCAGGAGAACCGCACCGGCAUGUACGUGGCCAGCCUGGCUGGCAGCCAGUCCCCCAAGCCACUGAUGGUCCACAUGAGGAGGUAUGGGGGCAUCACCAGCUACGAGAACACGGCCAUCGAGGUGGACCGGGAGAUCGAGGAGGAAGAGGAGUCUAUGAUGUGAUCUGACCCAGCGCCUUGUGGACUGGGGGAGGUGAGGGGGAGGUCACCCUCUCAAUUUGCACAGGUUGCACUGUGGCACUUCAGGACAGUUCAGAGGGUCCUUUGGGGAGCAGUCGUGAGCUGCUGACCCUGCUGGUCUCCUUGCCACCACCCUGGCCCCACCAGGAUGGAGCUGCUGCCCAUCUCAGUGCCCCUGAGAUGUUUCUGUUCAGUGUGACCAGUCUGUGCGUUCGUGUGACGGUGUCUGGUGUAUGUGUCCAGGCAGUCCUGCUCCUGCCACCAGCCCUGCUUUCCCUGUGCAGGGAUGCUCAGGCUGCAGGAGCUGAGGAGAAGGUUCUCUGCAUUCCUCUGUUCUCUGUUCCUGUACAUUUAACUCCAGUGACCACACACACGUGUGGGACAGACUGUGUUAUCCUCCAUGCCCUGAGGAUGCUGUGUGCUGCCCUGCACUGCUCACAGGGAGGUGCUCCAGGCAAACCCAGCACUAAUCAGUGUCCUGCUGAAGGAACCUGACCUAAUAAAUGAGCAGAUAAAAGCAAUUAGCAGAAGAUGGGGGUGGAAAAAAGGAAAGAAAACAGCAACAAAAAAAAAGGCUUUUUUAAUGAAUCAGAUUGGGCCUUCCAAAGCUUGCAGAUCCUCCAGGAUCUUCCACCCUCCCUGUGGCUGGCACUUCCUCAGGUUGGGGUGAGCUGAGGGAAAGGAAGAAGUUGGGUGACCUGUUCUCCAUGUGUGUAGGAGGUCAGGGACAGAGCUUAGCUGGACCCAAUGCCAAGGAGGACCCAUGUCCAUCCCUGAGGAGGAUCUGAAAGUUGUCCCUAACGCUGGGUGAUGCUUUUCCCAGGAAAAGGUGGAAGAUUUGGGUUCAGUUCCUGUGUUUGAUUUUGGGGUAGUCUGCCCAGAGCCCAUGUCUCCAGUCUCCUGCUGAUGCUGCUGGCCUGGGGAUGCUGGUGAGCUCCUGGACAGGGCUGUUUGGACCUGACACUGCCACUCCCCGUUGCCCUGGUGUUGUGUGCCCCUUCUCCCAUGUGCCACCAGCUCACCAUUAAAAAAGCAGCAGUGUGUGGGUGUGUGA